GGUCGGCGGGGCGGGCGGCCCCGGCAGGAGCAGAACUGGAGCCAGCCCCGGACGUGAGUGUGCGAGCGCCCCGGCAAGUGUGUGACACCAGCACCGCUCUGGCUGGCUGCACGCGAGACAAAGACUCUGUGUGCGUGUGUGACACCAGCACUGCUCACACUGGGUGUGUGAGAGAGCGAGGGCGUGCCGGUGUGCGAGAGGGAGGGGGUGCCUGUGAAUCUGGGGCAAUCCACCCCCAUACCAAGGCUCCAACCAACACCCCCUGCCCCCAGGAGAAGAAUCUCUCAGCCACCCCCCACCCCCAUGGAAACACCUGGCCCCUGAUUUCCCAGCUGGGUGCCUGCACCCCAGGCCCUGUGAGCCCCCCCCCGUGGAGCAUGGUGGUGGCUGGUCUCUACCACUGAUCCUGGAGCCGCCUGGAGGGGGCACCCUCGAGGGCCUGUCCCCCACCCCACAUGGCUUUGGCAGCGUCCAGCAUGGGAGACCUGGGCGCCUGCCCCCGUCUAGCGCAGACUCCCCGGAACUGGUACUGACCCCCAGCCCCUCACCGGGCCUGCGCCCUGCAUCUGGUUCUGCCAGGACCAGCCACCCCACUUGCACCCCGAGCCAGCAGGAGACGGAGGCUGCUGAGCAGAUGGUGUGGCACCAUGUCAGGUGACUACGAGGAGGACGUGUGUCGCAGUGCACUCACCCUGCUCAAGGACCUCUGCUUCUCCCUGCGGGCGCUGGAGCAACACGAGAAAUGCCUGGAGUUCACCGACCUGCUGCGGAACCGGGGGCAUCCCCCGCCCACCGACUCGGACAUCUCCGUCAGCCUGCUCUCCGUCAUCGUCACCUUCUGCGGCAUUGUGCUGCUCGGCGUCUCGCUCUUUGUCUCUUGGAAGCUCUGCUGGAUCCCCUGGCGGGACAAGGGGGCCUCGCCGGCGCCGCGCAAGGACCACGGCCUCCACGGCCACCUGCACCACUCACCCUACGGCGACCUGCUGGUGGAGCGGGUCGAGCUGGGCCCCGAGAUGCCCGAACGCUCCUACCUCGACAUGGACUCCUACCCCGAGGCCACCCUCAAGCUGAGCCAGACCUCGCCCGACCUGCCGGUGGAGGGGCAGGUCGGCCCCAAGGAGGGCGGCGGUAUGCCCAAUGCGCACUCCCACCAGCAGGUGGCCACCCUGGCGCCCGCCCCCAGGUACAACACCCUGCCGCGCCCCUUGACCCAGCAGCUCUCCAGCCCGGAGGUGGUCGGCCACGGUGGGGAGGACAAGCCGGAGCAGGCCACCAGCAUCGGUCAGAUCAAGCCGGAGCUGUACAAGCAGCGGGCGGGCGAGGCGGAGCACCGUAAGGCGGAGGGUCCUCCCUGCGGGCGCAUCUGCUUCGCCCUGCGCUACGCCUACGCCUCCGAGCAGCUGGUGGUGAAGAUCCUGCGGGCGCUGGACCUGCCGGCCAAGGACGCCAACGGCUUCUCCGACCCCUACGUCAAGAUGUACUUGCUGCCCGACCGCAAGAAGAAAUUCCAGACCAAGGUGCACCGCAAGACGCUCAACCCCGUCUUCAACGAGACCUUCAACUUCAAUGUCCCCUUCGCCGAGCUGCCGGGACGCAAGCUGCACUUCAGUGUCUACGACUUCGACCGCUUCUCCCGCCACGACCUCAUCGGGCAGGUGGUGCUGGACAACUUGCUGGAGAUGGCGGAGCGGGAUGAGGAGGUGCCCAUCUGGAGGGAUAUCCUGGAGGGCAGCUCGGAGAAGGCCGACCUGGGGGAGGUGAAUUUCUCCCUCUGUUACCUGCCCACCGCCGGCCGCCUGACCGUGACCAUCAUCCGGGCCUCCAACCUCAAAGCCAUGGACCUGACCGGCUUCUCAGACCCCUACGUCAAGGCCUCGCUCAUGUGCGAGGGGCGGCGGCUGAAGAAACGCAAGACGUCCAUCAAGAAGAACACCCUGAAUCCCAGCUACAACGAGGCCCUCGUCUUCGACAUCCCGCACGAGAGCGCCGAGCACGUCAGCCUCACCAUCACCGUCAUGGACUACGACUGCAUCGGGCACAACGAGGUGAUCGGGAUGUGCCGGGUGGGGAGUGACGCCGAGGGUCCGGGCCGGGAGCACUGGGCCGAGAUGUUGGCCAACCCCCGCAAACCCAUCGAGCACUGGCACCAGUUGGUGGAGGAGAAAACCCUCAACAGCUACAUCUCCAAAAGCACCCAGCGCGACAAGCCCAGCAUUGUAGUGCAGAGUGUCCCAUCGGACUAGCCACCCCCAA